GAUAAUAACCCGCUUCGCUAUAAUUAAUUUUCCCCGUCGUUCAUAUUUCUUGAAUUUUUUUUCGACUUUUUCAAAUCUUCUCAUUAGCCUCGCCGGACAUUUCUUCGCUCUCAAGUCACUCCAUUUCUUUCUUCGUUCCCCGAAAUUGUCGAGGAUAAAACUAUUUCUGUUACCACUUAAUAAUCAUCACUCAAUUUACCCAAAUCGAAUUCAAUACUCUCUUGCGACCUCGUCUUACCAAUUAAGAGAAACGAAAUUAGCAUGAAAUUCAGAAUCAACUCGGCCGCCAUUUUCCGCCGCCACGUCGUCGGUGUCAAAUCGGGCGAUCUGGCUGUUGUUUAGUCUAUAAUAGGAUAUGCAUCAGUUUUGUUGCAUCUCCACUGUAUCCGAAAAUAGCCAGGCCUCUCAUAAACACUUCACAGAUCAUCUCCCUGCCAUUCGCCCUCCUACUACGAUUAUGUGGACGACGUCUUCAAAUCGGUUCGACCCGUUGGCCCGAUCCAAUCCGGCGCAAGUUAACGGCAAUCAUAAUUACAUCAAUAGCAACAAUAACCACAACGGCGGGAGUGCCAAUUCGACGGAACCGAAUCAACGGCUGAGCCAGAGGGCUGAGCCGGUGGACGUGAAGAUAAACGACUUGGUAGGGAACGGAAUAGCAGGAGUGUUGUACAAGUGGGUGAAUUACGGCAAAGGUUGGAGGCCGAGAUGGUUCGUAUUACAGGACGGCGUUUUGUCUUAUUACAAGAUCCAUGGACCUGAUAAGAUUGUGGUGAGUCAAGAGACCGAGAAAGGUUGCAAAAUUAUCGGUGAAGAGUCCAUGCGAAGAAUCUCCAAGGGUUGCAAUAAGUACGAAACGGCGGCGUCUCAUCAGAACCACUUUAACCGCAAACCGUUCGGCGAAAUCCAUCUCAAGGUGUCGACAAUCCGUGAGAGCAAAUCGGACGACAAGAGAUUCUCGAUAUUUACAGGCACAAAACGACUGCACUUGAGGGCUGAAACGCGGGAGGACCGUUUGCAAUGGAUAGAGGCAUUGCAAGCGGUGAAGGAUAUGUUUCCGAGAAUUUCGAACAGCGAAUUGAUGGCUCCGUCGGAGAACGUUCACCUCUCUACUGAGAAAUUGAGACAACGUUUGUUGGUGGAGGGAGUGAGAGAAGAAGUAAUACUAGAGAGCGAAAAGAUAAUGAAGGACGAGUUCGCCAUGUUGCUUAAUCAGUUGCUGUUGUUGAAGCAGAAGCAGUGUUUACUGAUGGACACGCUGAGGCAUCUAGAGACAGAAAAGGUUGAUCUGGAGAAUACAGUAGUUGAUGAGAGCCAAAGACAGUUGAGUGAUCUAGGUGCUUCACCUACAUUAAGGAAAGACAGAUCGAGUGAAGGUAGUCCAACUGAAUCUGAUGAUGAGAAUGAAAGAGUUGACGCAGCAGAGGAAGAAACAGAUGAUGAUGAAAAUACUUUCUUUGAUACUCGUGACAUUUUGUCAUCAAGUUCUUUCAGAAGUAAUGGGUCUGAUUUCCGGACUUCAUCUUUCUCUUCAGAUGGUGAAGGGCAUCCUAUAGAUGCAUUUGAAGAUGACAAUGAUCUGUCCAUCAGAUCAGUUGGAACUAACUAUCCUCGUAUUAAGAGACGUAAUAAACUCCCUGAUCCAGUUGAAAAGGAGAAGGGUAUCAGCCUUUGGUCAAUGAUUAAGGAUAACAUAGGCAAGGAUCUCACAAAAAUUUGUCUUCCUGUUUACUUUAAUGAGCCCCUUUCUUCUCUACAAAAGUGUUUUGAAGAAAUGGAGUAUUCGUAUCUUCUUGACCGAGCGUAUGAAUGGGGGAAAAGGGGCAAUAAACUAAUGAGGAUUUUAAACGUGGCUGCCUUUGCUGUAUCUGGUUAUGCUUCAACUGAAGGAAGAAUAUGUAAACCAUUUAAUCCACUGUUAGGUGAAACAUAUGAAGCUGACUAUCCAGAUAAAGGCCUCCGCUUUUUCUCAGAGAAGGUCAGUCAUCACCCUAUGAUUGUUGCCUGUCACUGUGAGGGUACUGGUUGGAAAUUUUGGGGAGAUAGCAAUCUGAAGAGCAAAUUUUGGGGUCGCUCAAUUCAGCUUGACCCCGUUGGUGUCUUAACUUUGGAAUUUGAUGAUGGAGAAGUCUUUCAAUGGAGUAAGGUUACCACGUCAAUAUAUAAUCUCAUAUUGGGAAAGUUGUACUGCGAUCACUAUGGAACAAUGCGAAUUGAGGGAAAUUGCGAGUAUUCAUGCAAGCUGAAAUUCAAGGAGCAGUCUAUCAUUGACCGCAAUCCUCACCAGGUGCAUGGCACAGUUCAAGAUAGGAAUGGGAAAACAAUGGCAACUGUGUUUGGAAAAUGGGAUGAGAGCAUGCAUUAUGUGAUUGGAGACUGUUCAGGGAAAGGAAAAGGAUUUGAAUCAGAAGCUCGUGCACUUUGGAAGCAGAGUGCUCCUCCUAAAUUUCCCACUAGAUAUAACUUCACACGUUUUGCCAUCACAUUGAACGAGCUCACUCCAGGUCUAAAGGAGAAAUUGCCACCAACAGAUUCAAGACUCAGACCUGACCAAAGGCAUUUGGAAAAUGGGGAGUACGAAAUGGCAAAUUCUGAGAAGUUACGGCUAGAGCAGCGACAACGGCAGGCUCGAAAGAUGCAAGAGAGUGGCUGGAAACCAAAAUGGUUUGCUAAGGAUAAAGCAACUGGUACAUAUCGGUAUAUUGGCGGGUAUUGGGAAGCCAGAGAGAAAUCAAAUUGGGAUUCAUGUCCUGAUAUUUUUGGCCACGUUCCUUCUGAACUCCUUGACUAAAGCUCAAACUUCCUCAUUGUUUACAUUUAUUCUCCAGUGGCUAAUGUGUGCCCCUUCAUCAUCCAUGUCAGUAAAUUAGAUUAGGAUGUUGGCAUUUAACAAAGGAAAAAAACUGUCUUUGUGUC